CGGUUUAGAUUCUGUUGCGCAGGAGAACGAUAGUAGGCUACUGUUACGCUCCUUAUCGCUAAAAAGUGUCACUGUGCCACGCUGAAAAUGAGCUGUACAGAGGAGAAACCUCUGAAGACUGAACUGGACACACUAGAAUGCCAUUUCACAUGGGAUUUGAGAAAAGCAGACAUAAACGUCACUGAUCUUUUGACUAGACUGGAGUACAACCGUGACAUAAAUCUCGGGGGCAAAGCAGGGACUGCAUGCACACACAACUCUUUGGCAUACGUCAGGUAUCUUUUGGGUUCUUAUGAAGAAGCAUUUACAAACUUGCAGAGAUCUGUGGAGCUCAUUAAAGAAUGUUAUAGGAAUGACUGCGACAAGAAGCUCAUUGUCACUUAUGGAAAUUUUGCCUGGUUACACUAUCACAUGAAACAGAAUGCUGACUGCAAAAGUUACCUGGAAAAAUUGAGGGAUAUCAAAGAAAAAAAUCCACCUGACUCCAAUUCUUUCCCUCAUCAUGAAGUGCUUGGUGAGAAGGCCUGGGCCCUGUUCAAGUUUUCACGCAAGUAUUAUGGCAGAGCAAAGGAGUGUUUCAGGAAAGCAUUAGAGCUGGAGCCUGAGGAGUGUGAGUGGAAUGCUGGUUAUGCCAUUGUACUUUACCGAACAGAAAGUAAUUGUAAGAGUCCAAAGGAUUCAUCAGCAAUUCAACAACUCAGACGGGCAAUAGACACAAACCCAGAUAAUGACGAGCUCAAGCUUCUUUUAGCUCUGAAACUUGCUGCAUUUGAGCUAUUUGAUGAGGCUGAGGACUUGGUGGAGAGAGCUGUCGAGAUGUCCCCAGAGAGUCCACAUGUGAUUAGAUAUGUGGGGAAAUAUAUGCGGGUAUAUGGGUCUUUAGAUAGGUCCACUGCCCUGUUGAAAAGAGCAUUGGAGGUUGCACCGAAUUCAGCUUUCAUACACCAUCAGUUAGGUCUCUGCUACAAAAUGAAAAAUGUACAAUUCAAGGAGCUGCAUGAGAGUCAGAGAUUUCGUCAGUUGAGCAUCUCACAUUUUGAGAAGGCUAUCACACUGAAGAGUGGCUUCAUUUUUGCAAUGGCACAACUGGCACUUCUUUAUGGUGAGGAUGGACAAAUCAAACGGGCUGAUGAUGUGUUUCAAACAGCCUUUCCCAUUGCUGAAGAGAAAAAUGAGGGACUACAAACACUUUAUUUAUAUUAUGGGGAGUUCCAGCAGUACAGAGCAAGAUGUCUGCCAUUGGCCAUUGACUACUACAAGAAAUGUUUGAAGAUGGCACCUGAUACACGAGAUGGAAAUAAAAGUGCUAAGAAUUUAAGAAAGAUUGCUGACAGAUGCUUAUUGAAGAACACAAGCAAUGCAGAAGCUUUAGGAAUACUAGACUUUAUUGAGCUGGUGAAGGGUGAGAAACACUCCACUGCAGAGGGCAGUGAGUAUGUUCUGGAAUCUACAUGUAAUGAGGAAUAGUACAAAAUCUGUAUUUUUUUUUACAUAAUUUACAUAAUUAUUUUAUUGAACAUAUACUGUAUUGCAGUUGUUAUUAUGUUUGUGGGUUGAUUGUCUAAGUGUCGGUAGAUGGCAAAUGGAGCUCACUACAUUAAUCUUUCCUUAAGGCCUCUGUAGAAUUGAGCACAAUGAAUCAGCACUACCCUCUUUGGACUUGAGAUUUUAUUGAAUGAAUUCCACAGUACAUAGCCUUAAAUUAUAAGGCUAUGUACUGUGGAAUUAAAAAAAUAAUAAAAUAAAAUAAAUAAAUAAAAAAACUUACAUUUCUUGUUGCACUUAAAUCUGUUUUGUAUACUAUUCUGAUGAUAGUGAAACUUUGUACUAUGGCACUUUUCAUACCACUGUCUCCUUAAGAUGAUUCGCUUAUGUUUUCCUCUUUUGUAAGUUGCUUUGGAUAAAAGCGUCUGCCAAAUGAAUAAAUGUAAAUGUAAAUGUAAAUUUCCUCAGAUUUUCUCCCCCAUCAAAAUACAGCUAAAUUACAUUGGGUUUUCUUACAAUGAAUUCCAGGUCUCAAAGUUAGCACUCUGUAAUGUUCACCCGUGAUGCCUUUCUACCAUUGAAAAUUCGAACACAGCAAAUAUGUAGAACUACAAAACAAAAAAAAGAAGCCUUUUGUUACUUAAAGUUUUAAUAAUUGUUGAAAAAGAGAGGAUUCACACUGAAAUAACAAACAGCUGCUUUCUUUAAACAUUAAGAGAAUGUAAAGAAGCCGCAAAACCUGUCAAAUGCAUUUCAGCACCAAAGUAAAUGAACAGCGACUGAUCAGGCUUAACCUAAUCUAUAUGACUGUAGAUGAUAUAAAAAACACUGAUUGACUGUUCCACAGAGAUCAGACAUAGUUGCCAAAUGUAACUGCACUGAAGUUGAUGCAAUUAAUUUGUUUUUAUUAUCACACCACACUUUCCCUUGGAGCUCGACCUUCCCCAUGAACGUGACUUCUGAAGCUGUCACGGGACGUUGUGUAUAGUGGAACAUUUGUGACACAAUUAGAAUUGGAUUUACAAAAUUUAGACACGUAAAUAAUGAUUUAGACCGCAGGCAUUUGGUGUACAUGCAAUAAUCAUUUAGUUCAAAUUAUCAAAUAUACAAAUAUGAUUUUUGGACGUUCAAAUAAUCCAUUCAAAAUCCUCUUGGCUCAUAAAUUUGAGGAGACACUAAAUGGGCAUGACGCCUCUGAUUUUAUUGUACAUUGUGUACAUUAAGCUUUACAUUUAACCCUCUGGUGCAAGAUAUUCACAUCUGUGGAUCCUUUAACCAUUCAGGGUUUGAUAUUAGCUACAUCUGAUCCACCAUGGCUGAUCACCUUUGACCUUUCUCAAAAUUCUAUAUGACUGUCCUCCUUAUAUGUCAUUAAUGUUUUUUAUGUUUGACAACAUAAAUUAAACAUGGCUGAUGAAAGUGGUGAAGCACAAUUCUUUAUAUACCUCCUUCUUUUAUUCCAGGACAUUCAGACAGGUAAAAGUUAAGGCUGUUGAUUUAAAGCAUUAAUUCAGUGUGAUUCAUUAUUUAAACAAUAAUGUGUAAUCUCCACGGGGCAGUAAGCAAAACUCCAGCUGUAUGGCAACAUGCAUCUUAUAGAACAAACCACACUACACACAUAAUUUCUUCAUUUAAGCAUCUCCUAUCUCAAGGAGUCUAUCACUCUGAAGAGUGGCUUCAUUAUUGCAAUGGCACAACUGGGACAUAUGCCGAGAAUGGACAAAUCGAUCAGGCUUUUAAAGUGUUUCAAACAGCCUUGUCCACUGCUAAGGAGACAACUAAGGAACUAUAAGCACUUUACUGUAUUAUGGGGAAUUCCAGGUGUACGGGAAAAGAUGUUGGCCAGUGGCCAUCAAAUAUUGAAAGAAAUGUUUGAGUUUGGCACCUGAUACGGGAAAAAAAGCAUUGAGAGGCAGAGGAAGAUUUCUAACAGGCAUUUAUAGAGUAACACAAACAAUCCAGAAGCUUUAAGUAUAGUAAAAAUGAUUGAGCAGAUAACAGGUGGAAAACAUUCCACAGCAGAGGGCUGUGAGCAUGUUCUGGAAUCUUCACAUAAUUAUUACAAUAUGUGUAUUUUUUAAGAGGUACUAAACGAAUAUGAGGCUAUUAGACAUAUGCUGCAAUUGUUUUUGUGGCUGUGGUUUGAUUUUGUGGUUUAGGCCAAGGACAAAUUGAGCUUACUCUAGUAGUUCCAUCAUGUAAUGUAAUUGUUCCAUCAUAUGCCAUCUUGGGCUUAGAAUUCUAUGAAUCAGCACUGCCCUCUUGUGAUUAAAACAAAUAUAUUUCAAUAGAUAUUUCACUGAGCAUGUUACAGUGUAUGUUUUGACAUUACCUGAGAUUCUUGUCCCCAUGCGAGGAUAAUUACAGUGAAUGUCCAGGUUACUUCCAUAACAUCCGUUUCCUGAUGGAGGGAACGAGAUGUUGUGUAGAUGUAGUGACACUAGUGGUAGCUCUUGAGAGCCCGAGACACCUCUGAUCUUUGAUAAAAUGCCAAAGGGAAUUGGCCCCAAACAUACAGUUAUAAAGGAGGGGACAUGCAUACCGCUCAUUCAGGUUUUGUGCUAAUGAGCCGAGAAAAAUGUCCUGGCCAUUUCAGCGGGUAGUUCAGCAAUGUGGCAGGAGGGACACAAUGUCUCGUUCCCUCCAUCAGGGAACAGAGGUUACGGAAGUAACCAGGAAGUUCCCUAUCUGUCACUCACUCAAAAUUGUGUCGAUGUAGUGAGGGGUCCCCUACAAAAACGGCACAACUAGCUGAACUGUGUUACGUGGAUCGGCGGUGUAAGGUAUGGCGGAGGAUCAGUGCCUUAACAGAUUCCCGAACAAACAAGAACUUACUGUUAAAAACCCCCCUAAUUACUGAAAUAGCGCCAACCAGCCUCCACAAGCACAAUAAAUGUAUUGACAAAGAGACAAUGAACUAUUGACAGAGAACCGCAUGUGACAUCCGCAUGCUCACCACAUGCUUAUCGUGUGGACAGGAAGGGGGAAACUUUGAACGUAAAAAUGUGUGUGUGUGUGUGUGUGUGUUUUCAGUUAAACACAGAACUGCAUAUUGCUAAUGAAAUACGUGUAAUCCCUGUAUGUUGUGUAUUUCUGAGGUAUAUCAAACUCAGUUAGAACUGUUUCGUUGUGUGUUUUAAACUCUGAGGCCUCAUAUUUAAUAGCCUCAGUGUAUAUUCCCUUUUUAAGUGCACUAAACACAUGUUUCUUGGUAUCAAAUUAAACCUUACGAUUUGUCCGAGCUGAAUUCGAAUAUAAGAUCUUCGUAGAAUGAUAUUACGUUAUGUUUUGCCAUCUUUUGAGUCAUUCAGCCCAAAAUCUCUUACCGUCAUAAACCCAGCCAGAAACAUGCAAAUGAGCCGUGACGGAACAAAGGAAUCAUUCUCCUGCCCAAAGGAAGGAGAAUUUUACGACCUCCAAAGGAAUGUUCAGAGAAGUGCUGACCCUCACUUCAUUCUCUUACUGAGAAAGAGAAAUGAACCCUGUUAAUCCUAUAUAUAUAUAUUCUAUAUAUCCAUGUGAUAAAUAUUGACAUGUAUCUAAUGUGCCAUCUCACAUUUUCCCUUAAAUGUGCUUGAUCUAUGUUUUCUUGCAAACUAAUGGGUUAAUGUUUCAGACUUUGCAUACUAUGGUUAACCAAAAUCAUAUGUGUGGCAUAUUUGGUCUCUAUAACUUGGUAUUUUGAAGAUUGAAAUGACUGUGUACAUGAUAUGUCGAUAACAACAACAUAUUAGUAUUACAAGUAGAUUUCCUAUUUUCUUUCUUGCACAUGCAAUGGGCAAUUUUACAACAAAGAGCAAUAAACCAAAUUCCCGCCUAGAACUCAAACCCUUCUUAUUGGUCGAGCCAAUGAGAGGUGGGACCUGUUCCCUGAGGGUAUAAAAUUGCUGCGCCCACUUCCUUACUUUCUCUUCUUAGCUCUUCCUCGCUCACUCUUAGCCUCUCUUGCUUCCUGCCUUUCUGGUCCUCUGAGCCUUGUGCUCUCUCACUCUCUCGCUGAAUCAUGCCAAACUAGAAGGCCCCAAGGACUCCCAAGCGUGUGCCAGGCUACGUACGGCCUUGUCUCUGAUUCUCACUGGUUCUCUCUCUCAUCAAGACAACAUCAAAGAUCAACUGGAGCCUCAACAAUUUGCAUCAGGACAGUUUAAUUCAAAUGGGACAUGCAAGUAUCAAACUUAGUCUCAUUAUUUGAUACAUUAAGUAUCCUUAACCCCUUUCUAAAAAGGGCGUGUCAGAACUAAUAUGAUGGUUUGCUCAGGCUGUUGAUCUGCUGAACUUCAAACAAUGCUAUAACUUCUUGCCUUCCUGUAUUCUGCUUCAGCCCUCUUUCCCUUGGUAAACUGUAUGAAUGUAUGUAUAUGUAUGUUAGAGUAGUUUAAAUGUUUAGUCUAGUUAAUAAAGUCUUGUUCAUGUCACAUGUAAAGUUGUCUGUGUCUCAAGCUCAUAUCUAAAGUCACUAAUCAUAGAUUUUGACUACUUGCUCUUAAUACUUAGUAAGAAAGACAUUUCCCUUGCCCGGAAAUGUACAUUUCUAUUAAUUAAUUAAUUAAUAACCAAAAUUGAGUGUUCACGGGAUGAACCGAGUAUUUGGUUGUAAUGUUAAUGUAGCUACAUCAAGUUAACCCGAUUAACUGAUCCAAAUAUUCAUAAUUGAUUAUAACAAGUUAUGAUUGAUUAUUAAUAUUUCAUAGAGCUGAUUCGCUACCUAAUGGUGGAAGAAUAUAGAGCUGAUUCGCUACAGCGGUGCGAGAUGGUCAGACUACUGUGUGCCGCAUAGCCAGCGCUAUGCACAUAGCCAGCACGUAGCCUCUCCUGAUGCUAGUAUGAGUGAACAGAACAGCCCUUUGGGGACGAGUCGACUACCCAAAGGAUAGGGGCAGGCUAUCCUAGUCAUGCCUCUUCUUUCUUUUUUCUUUUUCUCCCCAGAAAAGAGAGAAAUCGUUAAAUGACCAGGACACCAGCGUCUACGCCGAGGGGUGUCCCUCCCAAGGGGAAGACACUGCGGAGACUACACCCCGGCCAGAG